AAGCGAGCGCCUGUACGCGUCGCACCCCAAAAAAACAGGACUGGUGAUCCCAUACAGUGUCUGUGACGUGUUUCAGUGUCAGCAUUACCCUGGAAAUGACCAUAUCGAUGAUUGUGAACAAAUGUUUGUGACUUGUGAUUAAGUGGUUGCGUGCGACUAAGUAAGUGAGUUGGGUGCGAGUUCGUGUGGUUGCAUUGCAUAGGUACAGCCGAUGUAACCACAACGAUACUCGUCGAAAUAAAACAUCACAAGACAAAUUCUCUUGGAAGAACAAUGACGAUUAAAAAGUCGGAUGUUAUACAAAGAACGAUGAGUGUGCCGAAGGGUUUUUAGUGAGAAAUUGUGAAAAAUAGAAAGAGUGAAGAUGUCGGUAAAAGCCAGCGUUGGUUAAACAAAAAGGAGAAAAAUGGCCUUCAAAGGAUUUUGUGGCGAAGUGAUCGGCUUUUUCCUAGCUGUGGCUUUUUGCAUCAUAUGUCCCGAAUACGUGUCAUCAGCACAACGCGAGCUCGGAAAGGGUUCGCCCACAAACGCCUCGGCAACCGCAUCACCUGCCGGAUCCGUGGACAAUGCGAUCCGGUCCGGCGCGGCCCUCGACGGCCCGAGGCCCACGCCCCGGACCGGGCCGUACUUCGACCUGAUGGCUUCUAAGAACGUGACAGCCUUGCUCGGAAAGACGGCGUACUUGAAUUGCCGUGUCAAGAAUUUAGGAAAUAAGACGUUAAACAUGCAAGUAUCGUGGGUACGGCACAGAGACAUCCAUCUGCUCACAGUUGGCCGGUACACCUACACAAGUGACCAGAGGUUUAGAGCCAUUCACUUACCACACUCCGAGGACUGGACUUUACAGAUCAAGUAUCCGCAGCACAGAGAUUCGGGAAUUUACGAGUGUCAAAUAUCCACGACUCCGCAUAUGAGUCAUUUUAUACACCUCAACGUUGUUGAACCAACAACGGAGAUAAUUGGAGGCCCAGACCUCUACAUUGACAGAGGUAGCACCAUCAACCUCACGUGCGUGGUUCUAUACUCACCAGAACCACCAGCUUACAUAUUUUGGAACCACAAUGAUGCGAUAAUAAGCUACGACUCUCCGAGAGGGGGGGUGUCGGUGGUGACUGAGAAGGGGGAGACGACGACCUCGUUCCUGCUCAUCCAGCAGGCUCGACCCUCGGACUCCGGGACCUACCAGUGUAACCCGAGCAACGCGCAGUCGAAGAGCAUUGUAGUUCACGUGCUCAAUGAAGCAAAUUCGAUUUUUCCUUUAUCAGGUGAGUACCCCGCGGCCAUGCAGCGAGGGGGACAGGCAUUCGCGCUGACGUCACCAGCACAUUGCCUCGUGUUGGCGACCUGCCUCUUCCUCACACUCUCUUGACACAUACGGAUCCUAAACUAAAUGUAAAUACAAGAAUUUUAUCAAUAUCAACCCAUUAUAUUGACAAUACGACACAAUGAAGAUGAGGAUUAUAACUAAUCAGUUGUCAAUACAAUCGGCUGAAACAAUUUGCUAUUUUAUAGUGUGGGUUGUGUUAUGUACAAUAUAAAAUAAAUCCAAGAGCAAGUAGAACCUGCUUGUUCCAUAGUGUUGUACAUAGUGUAAAAUAAAGCGUGUUAAUCGUAUUAAUUUAUUUAAUGGUAAUUAGAUUUGAUUUCCAACAUAAUAAAGAACCCUUGUCAUUGUAUGAUUAAACUUCCAGUAAAAUAUUAAUUGUAUCAGGAAUGUAACGGAUCAUUUGUAUUACCUUAAUUGGCGAAUAAGAUUCAAACGUAAUAUUCUUGUUUAUGAUAGAUGUGUAUUAGAAAAUGAUGAGAAAAAUAUUAAUCCAUUGAAAGAACAUAAAGAUAGUGGAGACAGGAAUGUAUAAACGGCUGACAAUACUACGUUUAAAACACAAAAUGUUUAGAAAUGAAAAUGUAAAUAGUUGAGGUUAUACGAAUCACUAUAUCUAGCCUUUAACGAUACGAUGAUACUUUGGAUUGGUUUGCGACACUACGUAAACGAGAAGAGAUAUCAUGUUCAUCAAGUAUGUAAAAAUAUUCGAUUUUUUAAUUUAUCUUUAAGAUAUUUAGGUACACUUUUCACCUGUUUCUGUUAGUGAUACUCCCACGAUUAUCGUUUCACCUCUAUUUUGACCUACUAUGUAAGAAAGUAGGUGUGUUACUACCUGGAAUUAACUUAAACACCUGCUAGCUUUUCACCAACUUGCUUUGGCCUAAUUUCCACCUGUCAUGGUCAGAGAAAAAUUAAUCGAUAUGUUUUCACCUCUACGAAGUAUCGGUAACGAAUACAAGGUAUCAUUGUAUGAAUUGUAUUAAGUGAUUGUAAAUUGUAAGUAAGAUUUUAGUAAAAUUUGUGAAUCUAAACGAUGUUGUAAAUAGUAUUUUUAAGAGAUGUUUUGCAAAGGGGUCUUAGUAUAGUAUGAAAAUAAUAGAAUCUACCAACAUUAUAUGACCUCUCUACAUUAUAACUACAUCGUGGAAAUUAUUACCUACUGCAUAUCGAAUAAAAACCAAAUUUUUAGUUUCACCAUACUAAUAAUAAGACCCAUUUGAAAAAGUAGGAUAAUACUGUAUAAUAAAUACACUAUAAAAUAAUAAAGUAGAUAGAUAUAAGCGUAAACUAGAAGAAAAUAUUUUACAUAGUUAGAAAACAAUUCUGAUUUGAAAUCGAUAAUUGUUUGUGUACUUUAAUAUUCUUCCUGUGACCGAUAUAUUUCUAUAAAUAAAAUUAAAUAACGAAAUAAAAUACGUAAAGUUUCAUCUUGUGUACAUUUUGUUGCUUAUUGAUUAAAUAACUUAUUUUUGAUUUGUGGAAAAUUUUAUAAACACCUAAGUAGUCUUGACCCCCGUCCCCUUAUUUUUUAAGACUCGUUACUUAAAAAUUGUGAAAAUAUCGAAGUGCUUUCUUGACAGAUACUGUCGUUAAAAUAUAUAUUUCAUUUUCACGAACUGUACAUACGCUGUCCAGAUUUACCUCCGCUAAAUCUCGGUGUAAAAUAACGGAAAACGAUUUGAAAAAAUGUUUUUUCUUGAAUUUAGGAUAUUGACAGAUCUCGAUAAUUAUAACCAGUUAUUAUUAUGUCAAAAGUUUAUUAUUGUAUACAAGUAACAAUAGUAUUAAAUAAAACUUGUUGUAUGUAUUAUGAUACCUGACGGUGCGGUGCUCCGCAUAAUAUAAUUACAUGUGUAAUAAACAUUAUAAAGAAACAAUAAAGUUUUAAAAAAA